AUGGCCAGGCAUUCUGAGAUCAGCGCCCCUUUAUUACAUUCGAGGAGAGGCUGGAAGGAGGAAAUGGCAGCUAUUCAUACGACUUACGGCCGUACGCCGUUCGGCGCACUUCCGUGGAUCGACCAGCCACGCGAGCUGCUUUUGACGACCAGACCAGUCCAACUUCACAUCAUCCUUCAGCUGCUGCUGUACUACUACUGGCGGGCCAUCACCUCUCUCACGCCCUACUUUGAUCUGGCCAUAUGGCUGGCCUGCGCAUGCACACACCUAUGA